CGAGGGAGUAAAAACUGCAAGGACGAGAGUGAUUCUUUUGAAGACGAACACGAAAGCAAAAGCUUUAAUGUUGUUAGCAUGAUUAGAAUUAGAAACUGUGAUUUUUAUAGGAAGGGCAAGGCGACAUGAAAAUGGAAGUUGCGUGCCGGCCUUCACAGCCACUCGACAGGAAAGCGCUGUGCUUCGUCCCUGUGAUGGCUUCUUGCGCCUUGCAGCCAAGCAUGACGAACCCGAAGAUCUUCGAAUGGCUACAACAGCGAUCAAACUAGAAGACAAGGAUAUCUUGUUGAGGCCUUUCACAAGAUGAAUUGACACGCAAAGAACAGUCGAUCCGUUGGAGAUGCAAGGCUCGAUAAUUCCACGCAGCAGCGGCCCGCUGCAAUAUGCGUCGCAGCAAGAGGCGAGCGGAUCGUCUUCGCGGAGGGUGUUCGUGGAUGGCGGUGAAACCUAUGAAAGCCCUGAGUCGUCACUGGAGUAUUCCAAUAGCCGGAGCCCACUUCCGAAGCGGCAUUCAACGAGGAGAGAAGAUGGCGUCUCAACACUGGAUAUACAAGUCCUGUCAUGCAGCUCUGGAAGCUAUCGGCGGAGCAACGGCAAAUCAGCGUCGACAAAGAAGUGGAGCCGCAGUAAACUAGGGAAAGAGCAUUACGCACAGAAACUGGUAGAGAGGAGCUACCAUGGCUGGUUACUCGCAGUCGUGCGCACGUACGAUUCGCUCUGUCAAGUGGCAGCCUCCAGGAGGGAGAGAAGUACUGCGACUUGGCUCUGGGUAAAUAGAAGAUUUAGAUUCCAUUUCUUAAUUGUGCCCUCUUAACCUCGUGAGUUCAUCAUGCGCACUAGAAGCAGGAAAGUAAGAACGAUCAUUUUUAUUUUUUCAUAGUGACAAACACAAACUCGCCAUUUUUCCAUGCCGCCCGUGCAAAUACAAAAAGAAACUCCUGCAUUCUUAUGCUGUCAGUUCUUCACGAGCUGUGGAUGCGUUGGAAGGAAGCCUACGCACAGCAGACGGCGGAGGUACUGGCGGAUGCACAGCGGACGUUCGCGUUGCAACAAAGAAUGCUGAAGCAGUGGUCGGACGAGAUCGAACGCAUGCGUCGCACACGGUUGCAAGAGCGGCUGCGCGACCGGGAACAUAAGCAAGUAGUUAUGAUCCCUGAUAGUGCAAAGAUGAGCAUUGAUUCUCCUGGUCAUGCUCAUGAUCUUGACAAUGCCGCGUUGUCGCAACAUAAAUCUAGCACAGGACCACGACCGUUGUCGGCAGAUCAGAAGGUAGCUCCUGCGAAAGAUGACACAAGAAAUGCGAGAGUUGCAGUGCCGUCAGCGCGCAAGAGUCUCGAGGAGCGACUUCGCGAAAGCACUGACUCUUUGUUAGCGAAGUAUGAUCUCAUCGAACCUGUGCCAAAGCACGAGAACAACUGCAACGCGGAAGUGCAGGAAGGAAAGAAGGUCGAAAAGAAUUUCACUUGUGCAAGCCUUUCGGUAUCGGCUUCAAGCAUAGCAAAGAGCAGUACCGAGAGUAGGCAGUCUUCAGUCCGGUGUCUUUCUGUCCCACUAUCCGACCUCUCGCCGUUUUUACGAGCUUCCGCGGUAUCGAAUUCUGCCACGCUUUUUGAUCUCUCGGCUUCGAGCGUCCUUUUCCGGGACGCAGACGCGGACGCUCUCGCGGUCGUAUCGGACAGAGAAUCAGCGAAAAGCCUGCUUGAAUCCGUUUACCGGAGUAGUCUAGAGUGGGCAAAGUCGUCAGCUAAUGCAGCGCUGACACUGGACAGUCGUGAAGGAGGAUCAAAUCUCGAUAAUCUUCAUGUGAACUCGACGACCGAGGCCGCCACAAAAAGUAGGAGCGCGGCGUUUAGCGCGCGUGUUGGGCGUUUGCAGUCCCUGCUUUCAUCAGCUGUCGAGCAGCUUCCGGCACCGCAACAGAGGCAAAAGCUGGUUUUCUCCGCUGAGGACGGCACCCCGAUGGUAAACGUUCGGUGCUUGGAAACAAUUCUACAAAGCGCUGGGGACGAGGCAGGAGGUCCAAGGGUAAACACAGCUGGAGCAGGAGACAACUGCAUUCCCAAGCGAGAUGCAGCAGACGCCACACGCACACGACGGGCAGAAGUGGCUGGUGGGGAUGGACUAGGCGGCGCAUACAAGUGCAGCGCUUCAUCUGCCUCGUCGCUCACUUUUAGUGUCGACGGCAGCUUACACUUGGCCGGCGACAUCUCACGGUGGCGGAAUUAUGCAGUCUCACCGCUGCCACAGAUUCAAGAAGAGAGAAACGAGGCACCAGAACUAGAAGAAGGGCGUCGCAAGUACGGUGAAGACGACAGAGAAAGUGGAGUUGACGCAGCGAAAGAAAAAGCGGAAAGCAACAAUCUCAAUGAAGACGGGGGUUUUGGCAAACAAAUCCGCAGUGUGCUGGAAACAACAAGACGCAACAUUGAGCUCCUUCGGCAGCGCCGAGUUGUGGAGUCACCUAGCGGUCUGGCUUCGCUUUCGGUUCCACCGCCGUUGGUUCAACAUAAUGUUGCUAACACAGCCACUUCUAGUGCGACUGGUACGGGACCCGACAUCUGCAAUUACGCACAUGAGAGCACACUGCUAUCUGACAAAGUGAAUUCCAAAGGCGCGAGCGUUCUUGUCGAGAAAGACGAUGAAGAAAGUGCAAGUGCGGAUGUUGGCAAUGUCGAGGAAAGGAGGCGGAGGGCAGAUGAUGCUUUACACGUAGAACGGAGUCCAAACUGCGGGCUCAUUGGAAGCCCGUCUUGCCCUGACGUUAGCGACGCGGAGGAGCUUUUGGGGAAGAAUCAUAGAGAAGCGAUAUCGAGCAGGACAGCAGUUCCAGAGCUCUCCAGUUCACCAGCGCCAGCCCUACAUGAGCGCCUGCUGAUCAGACAUGACGCCACAGGCGAUGCACCUUCGGAAGCCGUUCCAGACGCUGACUCGACUCCAGUAUCACAACCAAGCUCGCCACGAAGCGACACAGCCGGAUCACUCCAGAGGGAAAGUAGGAAAUCUCUACUUGCUGAAAGCAACAGCGAGCGAGACGAGGAGCAGCCAGUUUCAGAUCCACGUGUGAAGAGAACCAAAGAGGAUCACGUAAAUGCUGGCAAUGAACUCGCAGAACAUGUCGCGGAUGCAACGGACGGCGAUACUGGGCCUACUUCGCAGACAGCACUCUUGUCGUCGCCAACUAAGGUUAUACUCGAAAAUGAGUCAGCUAACAUGAUCGGGACUGCUCGAAGCGAAGAGCGCUUGAUGUUGCUGGAGCAUCUUGUUGACAUGUAUCGAGCGGAGUUUGCGAAGAAGUCAUUUUAUCGUUGGGCCAGGAACGCGAAGACCCUACGUCGAGCGCGCGAAAGACUGAGUACAGCCAAAUGCCCACCUGACGUUGUAGAGGUGGUAGCCAAUAAUAGACUGCACCAAGUAGAAUCCAGGCGACGGCAGAGCAGAGAGCCUACACCUACAGAUGAGAUGCGAAUAGCAGCCGUCAAGGAAAGAACUCGCAGAAUUGUCGUGAAAGCGCUCCGGCUAGUUUUUCGUCGUUGGUCUCGCGUUGUGCAAGACGUUAGGUCGCGAGAUAAAAGCCUUCUUGGUGCCGCUCGCUGCGUGCGUCUUCGUCGGUUUUUCCAUCGGUGGCAUGCGGUUGCAGAGUCGGCAGCUGCGUUGCGGUCGGUGCUUCUUGAGCGGCAGAUGCUCCGCGAUGCACGUCUGCGUGACCGAGUCGCGCUAAGCUGGAGGGAACUCACUCUGCGGCGGCGGAAGACGCGUGACCGCGGCGUAUGGUGGUCCGCACGUCGCAGAAAGCGCUUGGCACGGCAACUCUUAAUUCGGUGGGCGGAAAGUGCUGAGAUCGCAAUCUGGCAUCGCGAAGUCGUCGCCACUGUCUGCGAGAUGCGAUUCCGUAGGCUCCUCACAUUCUGGCGCGACUACGCAGCGAGGAAGAAUACCCAGCGCAGCCUCUUGGAGGAACACGACGCGGUCCGCCGAUUCCAGCUCGUGCGGCGCGUCAUGGACGCGUGGCAACGUCGCCUGCAUAUCCGCAGGCUUUGCGUAACAGCUCUUGAUCAAUCACACAAAGCACGGCUGCGACGAUCGCUUGAUCGGUGGCUGCGAUUCACGUUUGUGGGUGCGCGGUUACGGCAUAAAGACGCGCAUCGACGAAAAAACCUCUUGGUGACGUCUGUAGCUCGGUGGCAGCAGUUUGCAACAGCCUUCCGGACAGCAGAAGAGCACGGGCGAAUGCGGAAUACAAAGCUGGCUGUUCGAAGCCUGCGAAUUUGGUGUCGGUACGCUGUGUCAGCGAUUGCGCUGCGACGUGCAGCUUUCACUGUGUUCGCGGCGCAGAUGCGCUGUGAAAUAUCUUCAUCACGGCGCCUGCGAGAGGCGGAGAAGAUAUGGUGGCGCAAACAUAAUAAGCUGAGCUUCAAACGAUGUGUAGAGGCCUGGAAAAUCGCGUGGUUUGGCAUCCUGUUGUCAGCGCCGAAGCCCUGUCUGGCGGAUGAAGGCCACGCCGCGGAAACCGCCAUACAACUGCACGGCGGAAAUUCCAGCCAUUCUGCCCUCAUUUCUCAGUCGAGAGUCGCUACCUGUAAGCAUGAAGACGGGUUUCUCUCUGAAACAUCGUCAAAGGUCAACAUCUCCACAAGACGGUUGCCGCGACGCUACAAACACAUGCUCCUGCGCAAGUACUUCGCAAAAUUUUGGGCUGCUCCUCUACUCCUAUCGCGACAACGGGCUAGCACUUGCUUUCUUCGGCCUUUUUUUCGGAGGUGGAAACGUCGACAGGCGGUCAAGCAGCGUGUUUUCUUAGCUUGGUGCCUGCAUCUGACUGACAUUGCACGCGAUCGGCUGCGCCGCUCUUUUGUCUUUGUUCACUGGCGCUGGGCGUCCAGAAACGCGAGGAAGUUGUAUUCGUCAACAGACGCAAUAACACCGUUAUCCGAGGAGCCACGAAGAAAGUUCGACAGGCGUCGUGGGGUUAUAGAUUCCAGCGCUUUUGCAGCUGUCGCAUUGCAGCGCAGUGUGCUUUUCGAACCAUAUCGCAGUAUGCAAGAGCAGGCGGCCAUCACGGACGGACAAACUCCGCUCUUGUUGUUCAGACAGGCGGAGUUCUUGCCAGAUGAGCCGGAAACAAGUGCGAUUGACCCCAUGCACUAUCCAGAAAGCAACCCUAUCGACAGUGCGUUGUGUCAUCAGCGCUUCUCAGCGGAUGGUCAUAUUGCCGACAGAGCUGCCGGGGAUAAUGCAAUAACGGGCAUAGCUGGGAUUGAACGAUAUGGGGACGACAAGAAAAGCGUUCUUCAAAUUGAUGGCGUGAACCAUGAUCGACGCGGAUGUUGGCAUCAAGAGGAGUUACAAUCGGAUAACCGUGGCAGUGGCGGGCCGUCGGCUCUCGCGCAAUCUCAUCUUUUUCUCGCUGCACGAGCGCUGUCAGAAGACUGCGCUAGUGUUGUUGUACGUGGAGAUUUCUCAGCGCCCCCUUCGUCACGACAUCACUCAGCAUGCUGCGAGCAAGAACCCAAGGAUGGAGCUCAGAGCAGAAUGUCUGCGGCAAAAGGGCUGCGCUACAGCAAGAGACGAGACGACAGGCUUGUGGCAUCAAGUUUCGUCCACUGGCGUGAGGAUGUGGCGGAGCGUAAGCGUAAAUUGGCUGCUUUCCUACAGCGACGGGAGCAUCAGGAAAGAGAGUCGCGACUGGCACGCGUCGAGAAGAAGGCACGACUGGUAGCGCAUUUUCGUGCUCGACGACGCCGACUGAAAGAGAUCUACUUUCGUGAUGUAUGGCGUGACGCCUAUAUUCGUGGAUACAAGGCUCGCACCCAGCUGGCAGACAAUUUUGCGAGUUCGACGCUUCGAUUGGGAGUGCUUAAACGCUUUUUUCGAUGCGUAUGGAAGGAACUUUUCAUCGAGCGAUGGAAGACGUGGAAGCACACCAUCAAGGAUUUCGCGAUUCGGCGACGUGAACGGUUUCUCGUAAGCAGCGUGGCUGUGUGGCGCCACCAUGUUGUCGACGCUAAGGAAUUUCGCACCUCGGCGGCCGAGAAAACAGCUACCAUCUGUCUUCAGCAGUUGGGGCACGCUUUUUGGGAGUUCCGAACACGUGUUGCCGACAAACAGCGGGCUCGCUGUUGUGAGAAUAGUGCUGCGGAUUUUCGCAUGGCUCGUUUGGCGGACAAAAGCAUCCGGGGUUUCACUUCGAAUGUCGAUUUCAUGCGGCGAUGCGCCGAGGCUGAUUCCCGUUUUGAGGCGAAAUCAAACGCUUUGAUGCAACGCUGCCUUAUUGAUGGUUUUCAAUUCUAUGUGGAAAAGCGGCAGCGCUGUCGUCGUGCGGCUACAGUUCUUCAGGCAUCGCAUAAACAAAGAGUCCUUUCUUUCUGUUUGCUAUCAGGAUGGCGUGUGCACUUCGGUUUUCGGCGGAAGGUGCAAGAGUCGAACCUACGUCGCCAAGCUUAUUGGUUUGCUCUGUUUCGGAGACAGGCCGCGCACUCGCGGUCUGGGCGUGCGUUCCUUGUUCGUUGGAAUCGCAAACGGAAAUUGUCUGCUUUUCGUGCGUUGGCAUUUUAUCGCAUGGGCGUCCACUUCGGGAAGAAGAUCUUUUUCGCGUUUUGGAGGGAUUUGGUGGCUGAACAGCGUCGGCGCGCACGCGUGGCUCUCGAGUUCGCGCAAGCCGUUGCGCACGCCGAAAACCUGCGAAGACGACGGCAGACGCGUCUGCUCAGCUCUUGUUUGUUGGGCUGGAGUCGUGACUCCUUUUUGCUAUGGCACACGCGCCGCCUGGUGCAUACGCUCACCCGGUUUCCGCUGCGACUGGGGUUUUGUGCCUUAGCAACGAGGCCGAAGAUCCUGGGAGCUGCGAGGCUAGCUGGUGUCGUACGACGAAUUUUGCUCGGCGUCGCGUGGAGUCGAUUAUAUGCAAACGGUGUGUGCGUGGCGUUCGCGCGACAGCGCAAGUUGCGCGACGAGCGAAGCGUCCUACGCGCUUGGCGGCAUGUACUCUGCACUGAGAUAGGCGCGACGACUGCUUUGGUCCGAAGCCUUCACCGAUGUAUUCUGGCGCUCUCACUUCGCCGGAUGCGUGCUUCUGCCACCUUUUUCGCGGAAGCAGAUGCAGUGGCCUCUUUACUAACCAAUUCACGACAUUUGAGCCACGUUUUUCAACGCAUGUGGAAACCACACUUUCUCCGUGAGCGUCGAUUGAGGCCAGCAUUCGAUUUCUGGCGCAAGUAUGUAGUUUAUCGUGAACAAAAACGGAAAAUUUCAUUGCUGCUCUUCUUCCAGAGGGCACGCGAACGCCAAGCAUACCUUUUUCAGCGCCGUCUGCGAUCAGACUUGGCGCGUGGAAUGUACCGCCGAAGUUGUAUGCGCAAGUGCCUACUGGUUUGGGGCUCCUGCAGGCGAUCGAUAGUGGACGUGCGCCAGUCGAGUGAUGUGUGGGAUCGAACGCGACCGCUGCAACUCACGCCGCGACGCAGUGUAGGAGAGGGCGCAAAAACGUCUGUUCCUGCGACAAGCUCAACAGUAUCAUCAGAUGUAGUUCGACGGAGAACCGAGACAAAUCCACGGACGAGUCCUCGUGGUGUAUCAGAGAAGCCAAAAGUAGCAGUAGCCGGGCCAGCACCCGAUGAGGAUGACGGUUUAUCUCCAAAGCCAAUCGAAUCCAAAGCGGUCCGCCUUCAGCGCAGAGAGGCAGACCAGCGUGCUGAUCAACAAAGAUUCCGGAGUAGUGCAUCCGUGUCGUAUUUUGAUGCGCUUUUAACCCGCAGCAUUAAUACGGUCAUGGGUAAUCACGCGUGUCGAAGUAGCAAUCAAGCAGAGGAGCGACAGCAUCAUGCCUUCCCUACUUCGUCUGAUAGGGCGAGAAAAUCGACAAGGGCUAGUAUUGUAGAGUUUGUUCGUGAUCCAACAGAAUCUUCCCAAGUAGCUAAAAAGAACAUCGCGACAAAAUUGGACUCUCGCUUGGUGACUGAGCCGAUUUUUACAGUUGAGUCUUCUACUGCUCCCCCGACUACAUCCCUGGCGGCAGUGUUCGAAACGCCUGCCGUGUGUGGCGCACCCGAUGCGCCGACUGGCAACGAGGGGCUGUUGAGACCGGCGGCUUUGAAGGCGACCUCGUCUUCAGCAGACGAAUGUUUUCGAAUUUUUCGAACGGCCACGCCACCAAGCGGCUCACUGCAUAACCAAGACUCAUCGACACCAUCAAUGUCGCCGGAUGUUGGAUCGAGCGCUAGUAUGCUGGACCUUUCUUUAUCGAGUUUCACGUCUAUCAACGACUUCGCCCCUUCGUUGCUGCAAUACAGGCCAAAGGUGCGAAGAAUUCCCCUUGCCGGCGACCCAGCUGCAAGUUGCAUGUCAGGUGCGUCUGGAUCGAAGUCGGCCUCGCCGUCGUCCUCUACUGCGGUGACACCAGUGCUGUCAUCUCCAGCGACGUUCGGCUCGUUUCGACUCGCGUCACCGCCAGUAGCGCCAUCGGAGCCAUCUUUCGAUCCAAGUGCCUCGCUGCAGCUGCGAAACUCACGCUCUUUGCCAUCGACCACGACAACCGUAUUAAAGGAGCAAGGUGAUACUAGCAUGAACCUUGAUGCCAUUAGUGCAACAUUGGGUAGGCAGCGGGCUGGCACGAAGAAUGAGAUGUCCCUCCCUGCCAGCCCAAUUGGCGAAGCUGUCUCUGGUGAAAAUGCGGGGGCGCAGCUUGACAGAAGGAAAGAUGGCAGGACAGCCAGUGGCAGUUCCUCAAGGUCCUGUGCGUUGGAGCUGCAUUCUCGUACUUCAGGUGCGUUCACAUUGCUGGAGGAAGCCCAAGUAUCACAGCCGACGUUGCCAGGCGACUCAUUUGCAGGAGGAUCCUCAUUGGAUCUUUCCUUAACAUUCUGCGAGUCCAAGGAGUCCCUGGUCUUUCGCGACGGAGGGGCGCCUGCUGUUGGUAGCACUACAUCUACUUCCUGUGUCGGCGAGCACCAAAUGAGGGAGAAGCACACUGUCAGGAGGAGUUGCAGCCCUGCUCAGGAGGCUCCUCAGGAGCCACAUAUUGAAGAUGAGCGUCUCUUGAUUUCGUCAGUGGAUGGGACGAUUCCAUCAUUGGCGUCGCCUGUGAUUGGCAGUGAUCAGCCACCGCAUCAAAGCAGGAAUUUCACUCCAGGCCAAGGACAAAAAAAGCGUGGAGCGAAUCCUUUUUUGAAAAGUCCCACGCUGCUAGCUGCUCCCGACCUUCGCGCCAGUUGUACCUCCCUCGCCAGUGUGCUGUCUUCGUCGCUAGCUUCCUCGACAAUUUCUGGAGUAAAAACAGGACUUGGCAGCGCAGACUUUCCAGAUUUGCUCCGCAGCUCGCCAGAGAAGGCAUUGCUGGGAAGUGGCCACGUUGCAGGCUCGGCGAUGCAGGAUGAGAAGACUUCGUUGUUGCGGAAAAGCCAACUGUGGGACCAAGUCCAAGAAAGACAGGGGUCACCUCUCCAUACAGAGAUGGAGGGAAACAUGUCAAGAAGAGAAACUUCUCGUGGAAACAGUCUUCUCAAUUCUUCGCUACAGGAUAUCAGCAGUCUGCGGAAGAGUUUGCGACCAAAGCCCGCGGAAGAUGGGAGGUCACCUAGUUAUGGUUCGUCGAGUCCAUCGCAGAAAGACAGGAGCGAAACAGCGCAACAAACUGCAUGUAGCAGUCGUCGCGCAGACCAGGGGAGCAGAGAGAACGCGGUUAGUAGCGUGGCAGUGACUGCGGUGUCAUCAAACAAGGAAAGCAGUCUUUCUUUGAACGUGCGAAGCGGUACUGCUAGUGGCGCGGUUUCGAGUGGAGCAGAUGGCUUACCGGGAUCAAAUCAGAGCAUACAACGAGUUACCGCAACAGGGUCAAAUUACGAUCCAAAUUUGCUUCGUGAUACCUCGUCAGCCCCAGAUGCUCGACCAGGUAGUUCUCCUGCAACAGUUCGAGCUGUCGACCAGGAACAGGCGCCAACCCUGGUAGCCCAUGCGCCACGGUCCACAUCACCAAGAAUGGCCCGGAGUACGAGAAGGAAGCGGAAUAAGUACUACGAUUUCGCGCGAAAGCGUAGGAAUUUUUUCUCGAGUUCUUGCGAUAGCAUCCGUGAAGAAGAAGAGGACGAGGAGGAUGAAACUGUCGGAUCGAUUGACAACUUUUCCCGGAGAUCUUCCUUCUCACCGGCUGGCGCGCUCUACAGAAGUAGCUGGAAUCCGCGAGGCUCGUCCGUCUUUAACAAUAAAAUACCACCUGGGAUGAAUCAGCAGCAAGCGGAAAAAAAGGACUCGACGGUUACGCCCAGCCAUAUCGCAUGUGAGCAUCAGUCGGACUCGGAUGUCGGGAGGAGAGAUGGCUCAGUCACUGAUACAGGAGGCGGAAGCUCUACUCCGAUUGACUCUACUGGGCUCGGACAACAAAAGCCGCCUACCGCAGGUGGAACGCAAGACAGUGGCUCUUCACCAGACGACGGCACUCUUGCACGGUAUUUUAACACUUUACCUUCUUGCAAACUAUUUUGUGGUACUGUGAUUUUUAGGCCUUACUUUCUUGGGCUGGCACUGGCUGACUGUUGUCAAUAUGUUCACCUUCAUUUUCGUUCUCCUACUUGCCCUUGCUUUUCGGCUAAGAAUUUUUCUUCAAAGACAGGUCCUCUUCGUCAACGCCAGUCUCUCAACCUGGCAGCGUUUGUGCAAGGGACGGCCCGCUCCCCAGGAGCAACACGACUGGGUCGAUGGCUUCAGGCCGUCCAGUGGCAAAGAAAUUCCUGAGCCGAAAGCAGGACACCCCGCGACCAAGAGAUCCGAACUCGAGCGGGUCUUCAACCGGCAUGUCAGGGGCAAUGGAGAGCCGUGAUUCUCUACGGAUCCUACUAGAAGCUGAGAGAAAAAAGAGUUACUUGGGUCUAGCUACCUCAUCGCCGGCGUCGUCCCUCUUAUCCCCGGCCUCGCAACUGAUGUCACCACCUACAACCGGGCACUCUUCGUCUAGUGAGCCAGUUCCAACAACAGCAGAAGUCAAUGAUGUUGUUGUUAAAAGAUCAGAAGUGUCUUUGCCCAGAGCGGCACCUGGAAAUGAGGAGUUUCAGCAGUCUACUGAGGAAGUCGAGCAGCAAGACCAGCAUAAACAGCCACCUUUUUCAGACACAGCUCUCAGAAAAGAAGAUGGUCGUGGAGCAUCAAGUAGCAGCAAGCGACCACAUCAUGUGCCAUUCUCUCACGAUCCACAGGGCAGUGAUGCGUCGCCCUCGGUGGUUGUUGUCGAUGAGAUUCGAAGUCUCAGUUGUUCUUUCCAAUCUCGUGGUCGCUAUGAGCGAGACGCUGGUGCUUGUGCUGAUGAGUCUGAGGACUCUGUUGAAGUAGAAACCGACAAGCGGCUGAAGGAAGUAGCAGAGGCUGAGGCUACUUCUGACGUCAUCAGCACUCGAGAUGUGGAUAUGACUUUAGCUUCAGUAGGAGCUUCCGCGAACGUACGGGUUGUGUCACCUCUUGACAAGAAUUCCGCACUGCAAGUCAAUAGCGUUGAGGACAUUAGUACUAGAAGUUCAAAUUCUCCUAGGGGUAACGAGAAGCCCGCCUCCUCGAAAGAUGAUGAACAAGAAACGCAAGCAGCAGGUCUCCCUGGUGUGGAGAGUGACGCUGGGGGCUUCUGCAACUCCGUCGCCGAAUUAGAUCUUCAAGCGGAACACGAGACAGAGGACGAUGACUCAGUUCUGAUGGAUUGCGAUGAGUAAAGCAGUUUUUUCAGCACCAUAUUACUUUGUGCUAAGUAACGAUUUAGAAUUAGAUCUUCUUGCGAUCUUGAAGUUGAAUUUUGUUUGUUGAAGUUAUUGACCUUGAUAGCUUCGUAUCUGUUACCCUUCAUUUGAUGACUUCUUUUGUCGAUCAAUCACUGAAUUGCAAUUACGAUUUUGCAAAUGUAGCUAAUUGAAUUCGAAAGACAUCGUACUUACUCUUGCUGUUGUCAGUCGUGUUGCUCUUGCUUAAAUACUUAUGCGUUCUUUGUCUUGUGGACGUGUUUGGUUAACUGUGUCCAUUACCAUUACUCUACCGCGUGGAUUGCUAUCGAACACCACUCACCACUCCUCCUAUCUUUCAGAAUGUAUUUGAUCUGGAUCUAUGUGAAUGUUACAGUUGUACAGAUAGGAGAUAAACAUAAACACGUCCAGUGGGCAUUGAAGGACACCAGUUUUCAGGCUUUAUUUCUGCAUUACCUUUUCUAGAAAGCCCGGCCACCACCUUCCCAGAGCGAGACCUUCUAUCAAGGUUACGCCUUGAUGUUGACUUUGGGCGCGUGCUUCACUGAAUCAACAUGGAGUUGUGAUGUUAGCCUAUGUUGGAGGAAAGGGCAGGACCACUAGUAGAGCGUCCUAAGAGAACAAGAUGAGGAGAGGAAAGAUAAAGUCUCG